AUGGCAGAUGAAGAACCUGGCGAGCAUGGCGAAGGUGAAGAAGAAGAAGAACAAGAAAAAGUUGAAGAGCCCAUAGCAGAGGAAGAAGAGACAGUCGAAGAAGAAUCUGUGUUAACGGAAUAUGACCCAGAUGAAUUUUUAUCUGGUGCCGUAACUAGCUUGGAUGCUACGAUUCCUGAUGAUCUAUUUGAAUUUGAACAUUCCUAUGGAUAUAACUGCCACAAAUAUUUCAAUCUGUGUGCAUGUGACGACAGUGUCGUUUGCUGGUCCUCAGGAAGCAUUAUAACUUUUAUGGACGUGAACACUAAACAGACAUGGUUUCGUAGAAGUACCACUGGCGGAUCAGUCGGCAAUAUCACAUCAUACAGAAGAGAUCCGAACUAUAGAAUAGCAAUAGCAGAAGGGAGAGAAGGUCACAGAGAUCCAAUAAUAUUGCUGUACACUUGGCCACAAAUGGAUAUAGAUGCGGUCCUGCGCGAUGGAACUUCCAAUGCCUAUUCAAUUCUCGACUUUAGCCCUGAUGGAGAGCUACUCGCAUCUGUAGGAAAGGAACCGGAUUAUAACUUAACUAUAUGGAACUGGAAAAAGCAUAGGAUCCUUCUACGUACAAGUGCCUUUACAUUUGACGUUAAUACGGUUAUGUUUUCACCGUAUUGUCCUGGUCAGCUUACAACUGCGGGAGCUGCACAUAUAAAAUUUUGGAAAAUGGCUCAUACGUUUACGGGUCUUAAAUUGAAAGGAGAACUCGGAAGAUUCGGUAAAACGGAAAUUUGUGAUGUUUUGGGUGUUUACCCAAUGCCUGAUGAAAAGGUAUUAUCUGGAUGUGAAUGGGGUAACGUUUUAGUUUGGGAAGCUGGUCUAGUAAAAUUGGAAGUUACACAGCGGGGACGAAAAACUUGCCAUAAAGCUCCAGUGAUUCAAUUCAUGCUGAGUCCAGCUGGUGAUGAAGUAACAACAAUAGCUCGAGACGGCUGUGUGCGAGCCUGGUAUUGGGAUACUGUGGAACAAGCCGACCCGCCAGAAGAUGAUCCCUACGUUGAACUCAAUCCUGUCGCUGAAACCUGUGUACCAGGCUGCCAAAUUAUGUGUUUAAAACAUCAGAAAGAUAUGUUUUGGUACGCACAAGAUGGCAAUGGAGGGCUCUGGACCGUGGAAUUGGAAAUAGACAAAAUAGAAUGCAACCACCGGAAAGUGUUGACAUGUCACGCUGGUGCCAUAGUCGCUAUGGCUGCUCUGCGCUCACAUCCGAUCUUGGUCACGGCAGGACAAGAUGGCGCCCUACAAGCGUACAAUACUGAGACUCAUUUACUCCUUGCUAGAUACCAGUUUCAGGCCGGUGUUACGUGCAUGCUGUAUCCACCGGUUGAUGUGGAUGAAACAUCUUGCAUUAUUAUGGUCGGUUUUGCGGAUGGUAUAAUGCGUACGCUAUUUAUUCAUCCCGAUCGUCUACUGGCUCAGACGACGAUGGUCGAAGUUAGAGUACAUUCUGCGCUCACCAUUCACAGCGAAGACUCCAUUCAUGCGGAUGUACUUGACUUAAUAUGCCUGCUCAAGCCUCACUCUAAAUCCCUUACACAAAUAACAAUAAAUGAACAACGUACGUUACUAGUCACUUGUGGUGAGGAUAGUACUAUAUUCAUGUAUAGACUAGUGAUCGAUACUCCCUUCAGACUGCAUAGAUUAGGAUUUAUUGAAACUCCAAACAAUAUUGCAUAUAUGACAUGGAAACCAGAGGAAGAACGUGUGUUACUUUUGUGCGGACAAGUAGGCUUUAUUAUGGAAGCUUUAUUACCGGACGUGCCUAUUCGUGAUUAUUCACAGAUAACAACAUUCAAAUUAGAUUUCGUGUCGUACAAAGAGAUACUAGUAAAGAAACAUUUUAUGAGAAAUCGACCCUUUCCUACUGAAGAAGAUUUAGCAAGUAUCGAUGAAGAAGCAAUAAAAGCUAAGGAAGAAGCUGAAAAAGAGAAAGACGACGAAGAAGAAGAAGAGUGGCUAGGAGAAAUACAAUUAAUGGAAAGUGAAAGCAUGUUAGGAACUACGAUUACAUGGGCGCAGUACUGCGAGGAAGGCAUUUGGGUGGUCCAGCGUGGCACUGGAGCGCUUCUCUUAGUUAGACCUGGAAAUAAUAAAAUCUUGAAAUACGGUCCUUUCCCCGGUGCGUGGUGUGAUGAUUUGACGUCCCUUAAGUUUGUUUGCGACAAUCGUUAUUUAAUUGUCGGUACAAAUACGGGCUAUGUAAGAGUAGUCCGAAUGCCCACGGAUGAGGAGGAUUCUCCUGAGCAGCAUCACAUGAUAUGGAUGAUGGCGCAACAGAAAUUAUUAAAGAAAUUGAAAGGCAGACGUCUUGCAAAAGAAGAGCCUCAACCAACGCCUCGCAUUGAUUAUCACGAUACUUAUUAUUUACCCAUGCAUGACCGUUAUACAGGAGCUGUUACAUGCUUGGAAUUCAGUUCUGAUGGAAAGCGAUUUUAUACAAGCGGUGCGGAUGGAAAUAUUUUCUCAUAUAUAGUUAACUUUGAUGAGGAUAUUGUUCCUUCGUCUCCACGAAGAAGAUUAGCAGAACUACCAAAAGUAGAAAGAGUUCGUGAGCCUAGCACGCUAGAUGGAGAACUUAUGUCUCACGAACAAUUGAAACAAAAAGAAGAAUAUGAUAAAAUGAUGGCUAUUGCUAAUGCGCAUAAGAAGAGAGUACGUGACCAGCUUGCGGAAAUUUCUGCAGAAUAUAACAAAAUAAUAAAAGCAAAUCGAGCGCUCCCAUAUUCGCAACAAAUCGAUGUAACUCUUGACCCUCGGCCAUUACAAGUACAAGAACGAGAAUUAGACGAGUGUAAGGCGUUAACUAAACGAAAAUUAGCUCACCAGCUGGAAGCAUCAGAUCUUGGCUUGCAUAAAAUGUAUUCCAGGAAUAUCAUACAGUUAGAUGUAUUUCCGUUUACACUGAAAUGUAUCAGGGACCCAGAAGUUAUGAUCAGGCCGUUGAGGCAAAAAAAUCUUUCACAAGCUUUCUAUAACCAGUUAGAAGAAGUACAUCAAAAAAUGGCAGAGGCAGCUUUAAGGGGACGUCGCGCAGAAUCCACAGCUCGCCGAGCGGCUGCUAGAAAAUCAUCAUGGGGUCCACCAAGAGUUGCAUCAUUUCUUCUCGGCCUUCCGCCAAAACCACCUCAUCCGUUGAAGAAAGCUCUACGGAAUUAUCAUAUCCGUUUAAACAGACAUCACCUUCAAUUUAUUGAAUGGCAAGAGCAUUUAUCACGUAAGCCGGAUCCAAAUGCCAUGCCACCUGGAGCAGCAGAGGCUCUCAAAGAGGCUGAAGCAACAAUUGGAAACCGCUUACUAAAAACACAACCGGACUACGUAGCACCACCUGGCCACAAUACUCAACUACGAGUGUGUCUUGCUAGAAAAGAAAUCUACGAUACUAAACGCGCCUUCAACGAAAAAGUACUUGAAUUGCGAGAACACAAACUAAAACUUGUGAAACGUAUGAAAGAUAUUGGCGAAAGAUUAGGAGAAAUAAGAGUUGAGAUCCCACAGAAAAUGGCUAAGCCUCCUCCGCCGAUACCUCAAAUAGACGAUGACUUAGAGUUUCCAGAGAAGAAUUUGGAGAUAAAGCCGGUCGUGAUAAAGGGAGUGCCAAGGACAGCGGCAUCAAGAAAAACCAGUGAACGGAGGAAGUCCACUUUGUAUCCACAACAAAGAAUUCGUCAGCCACGUGUUCCUCGUUUUGUUCCAUUAUCUGAAUCACGACCGCUUGCUGCGUCUUGGGAGAUUCUUAAAGCUAGGCCAGAUCAAGAGUCUUUUCCAAUUGAAGCCGAAAUACGUGAAAGACGUAUAGAACGCCAUCUGUAUGAACAAGAUAUGCUUCUUGCGGAUGCAGAGGUUUCUGUCCAGCAGUUUGACUCUAGACUGCGACAGCUGCAAAGGGAAAGGAUUCGUGUUCAGGAAAAGAAUCAGUUAUUGGAAUUACAUUUGUACCAACUGCACAGAGAGAUGAAUGUAUUGAAUCGAUUUGAGGCACACGAAGAUCGCUUGGCUGAACGAGUGUACGCAAAAUUGAUGCAGGUUCGCGGAGUCCAAGACCAAAUAACAGACUGUGAACACCGCAUUGAAGAACAUGAAGCUGAAAAAGAACGGUUGGACGCAGCUUGUCAAGAUUUACAAAGGCAAUUUAAGAGGCUCGUACAAGACAAUAAGUUUGCAGAUUUUUUACGUAGGAUCUUCAAGAAGAAAUAUCGGCCGCCGCGUGAAAGAGACGAUGAUGAAUCUUCGGAGUCUGAGUCAUCAUCAUCUUCAAGUGAGGAAGAAGAUGAAGGAAGCUUAGACAGCAGGGACAUAGGGCCCAUCCGCCUUGAUCCGAAUAUUUGCCCAGAAGGGUGCGACGUUGAAGUAUACAAUAAAACAUAUGAAUUGCGCAAUACAAGACAUAAGCAUGAGCAGGAUAUUAUUGAACAGGACCACUUAGUGGAUCUUUUACGCAAAGAUAUUGAUGCACAUAAUAAAGUGAAGCGAAAGUUUUCAGUUCAGCUAGAGAAAAGGAAAAAUGAUUUACGAGAAUUUAUGAUGGAAAAACAAAGUUGCAUGAAUGAAGUAGACCAAGUGGUCAUCUUACGUUACGAUCAAAUAAGAGCGUCAGCCCUUCGUGGGUGCACUGGUCCUGAUGGAUUGUCACAAACUGUGGUUUUCCCUGAACAACUGUUAGCACGUUUGCGUAAACGUGUAUUGGAGCUGCAUGAUGAAAUAAAGCAGCAGAAGCAAAGACACAAGGUAAAUAAAACGCACUUAUUCCGCAUGAACAUUGAUUUGCGUGAAAUGGAGGCAAAAGCGGAGGAAUUGCGCGCCAAAAUGCGUGAUGUUUUAACUCGAAAGCUUGGUAAGCCGCGCCGCGUGGACCGCACCCUCGAUGAUUUAUUGCGGCAAAUGGCAAGGAGACAUAAAUUUUCGGCAACUCUUGGCACGUUGCCACAGAUUAUGAUGCAACUUAGGUCGUGGAGGGAACGUCAUGGGGCAUUAGAAAAAAAAUAUCUCACUACAUUGGAGAAAUAUUCAGAUCGUCUACGCCUUGCGGCAGCCUUACAAGCCGAUGUCUUACCACAAAAGCCGCAAAAGGAUCCAUCAGUAAUGGCGGGUGGCUAUGAACAGGAGCAAUAUCAACGCGAUGUAGUCAGACUUCGUAUUAUAAGAUCGCAACAGGAACAACAAAUGAAGGCACUUCGUGAAGAAAUUCUUAGUCUACGCCUGAAACCGCUGUCAUAUCGUCCGCCAAUGGAAACAGUCAGCCCACCUCCUUCUGAUCGAUCACAAAUAUAUCUGUUUCAAGUUCCACAUACAUCGAGACAGCUUCGCAAGAAAUACUUUCCAAUUACUCCACUAGGCUCAGUUCAAAUUGUGUAUGACGUGAAUGUGAUGAAACUAUUAUACGAUUGCUUGGACUCGAUGCGAGUAACCCGUGACGAUGCUGAUGAAUUACUUCGGGAACUCACUGCUGAAUUACCUGACGUUAUUUCGGGAGCAAAAUCUCGUUUUGAAGUGGUUGAUAGUUUAGUACGAAAAUGGUUGUUGAAGUACGGGGGUGACCCCAGCAUGUAUAAGAAACAGACGAGAGCUUUCGAUGCUUUGGCGGCGUUAGCUGAUCGACUGAUACGACAACAUGUCGAAGCCAUGGAAGGCACAGAUCAGCAAUCUCAUAAAAUUAUGGAAUCUUUGGAAGCGGCUUUGAAGGAUGUGUCGGGGCUGAGGAAGCAUUUACAUGAGCGCCUCGGGCCUGCUCUUGCCGCUUUGUUGCAUACUACAGAACUUGCUGACUUAGGUACUGAAGAAACAAUGACUUCGCUCGUAAACUCUCUAAUUGAUGAUGAGAACCCUUUAUCUACUGAAUCUAUCGACAGCAUUAAUAUUGCUGAUGUGAUUGAUGAUAUAAAAGACUGUGGUGUGCACCUGCCGAUGGAAGAUUUAAAGCACGUUGUUAAAAUUGCAAUAGACUGUCUUAAAGCGCAACUAGUUGGGACUGAAGAAGCAAAACAGAUUGAAAGAGACGUACAAAAAGCAAUGGCCGAUGCGAAAUCCAUAGCAUCGACGAAAGAUCCGUCGACUGGACGCAGUGAUACGAAAUAAGGAUAUUAAUGCUGAAUAGAUUUGAAUACAUAUUGGAGAGAGCUGAAGGCAAUGACUCUUAAAAAUGUUCUUUUUCUUAUUGUAUUGUCCAUUAAGUCCACUUCAUUAAUAAAUACUUAAGUUACCAAACA